UUCCAUCAGUUUUUUGUUUGUGUUUAUCAAAUCUCCCUUCUCUUUCAUGGAGAAGACUCCAUCACAAUCACAAGAGCCAGCAUUCCAGCACGGAUCUCUGAGCAUGGCUCCAACGAACAAGAACUACGAAACACUUGAAAUCGAAUCUAUCAAUAACAUUGAAGAAGAAGAAGCAGAAUCAGAAAUGGGCAACAAGAAAGCACAAGAAGAGCUGCAUGCAACAAUAGAUCAAAAAUCCAUAAGAAACAAGAGGUACAUGCCCCUUCUAGUUCUGAAUUACUUUCUCCUCUUUGUGGGUUCGGUCUCUUCAAGCAUGCUCUCAAAGUAUUAUUUCACCCACAAAGGUUCAAGCAAAUGGGUUUCAACUUGGGUUCAGUGUACAGGUUUUCCUCUCUUACUCAUUCCCAUUUUCCUCCCAUAUUCUCUCCUCAAAUCCACCAUCCGAAAACCCUUUACCGAUUUCAACAAAAAAAUUAUAACUUUAUCGAUUUUCGUUGGAAUCAUGCUGGGAAUCAAUAAUCUUCUUUUCUCAUGGGGGGUUUCGUAUCUUCCAGUUUCAACCUCGUCACUUCUUCUUUCUUCUCAGCUUGGUUUCAAUCUCAUUCUCUCCGUCAUCAUCGUGAAGCAAAAGAUAACCUUUUCGAAUCUCAACACCGUGAUUCUUAUCACGUUGAGCUCCAUCAUUCUCGCAUUGAAUUCGAGCAGUGAAAGACCCAAAGGUGUAACGGAGAAGCAGUACUUCAUCGGAUUCUUUUGCACCAUUAGCGCAGGUUUGUUGUUUGCUUUGUACCUUCCCGUUGUGGAAAAGAUCUACAAGAAGGUUUAUUGCUACGAGAUGGUGAUGGAGAUGCAGCUGGUCAUGGAAAUGACGGCGACGGCGCUGGCCACCGUGGGAAUGGCGUUCGACGGCGGAUUCUCAGAGAUGAAGAGAGAAGGGAAAGAGGUGUUUGACAAAGGAGAAAGGGUUUACUGGGUUUUGAUCGUGGCAACCAUCUUUGCGUGGCAGUUUUGCUUCAUGGGCACGGCGGGGAUGGUUUUCUUGACGUCGUCGUUGACCGGAGGGAUUUGCAUGACGGCGCUGUUGUCCAUGAAUGUUUUGGGAGGCGUUGUGUUUCUGAGAGAGAAGUUUGGUGGGUUGAAAGCUGUGGCCACUGUUUUAUGUUUGUGGGGGUUUUGCUCUUAUGUUUAUGGCAUGUAUACUAAGAUGUUGAAAGCUAAGGCUAUUUCUCAGCAAAACAACAACAACAACAUCAACCGCCAUUCUGGUGAAGAUUCAUCUUCCCUGGAGUUGGUUAGUAUGGUGAAAAAUCUUGGGGUUAGUCAUUGAAGUUUGAACCAUAUAGGAUUUGAUGAUUAGUCAUGAUAGGUAGCUAAGUACAUAAAGUUGUUUUCGCUUAAAUUCGAAA